UCUGUUAGUUUCAUUUCAGGCAUUGAACUCCACGUGUUAUGUACUUACAGAAAGCCAUUCAAAAGAGAAAAACCACAACAGAUUUUCUCAAACAGGUUAUCGAAGCAGUUCUGUGGCGCCUGACCUUAAUCCACAGAGAUAUUUUUGUAGCAGACACAACUAUGGCUGAAAUGGUAAAGCGACAUUCCAGCACUCGCUUGCUUUGGUCAGGAGAGAACUUUACCCAGAUUUCUAAAAUAUUUAUACCCAUGAACAAGUCUGGAAAUCACUGGACACUUCUGGUUCUGGAUCGAAAGCAGAAAACCAGAUGUUAUUUCGAUCCCAUGAAUGGGCGUGUACACACCAUUUUGAGCACCUCAGUUCCUAAGAGCAAACUGAUAGAACUGAUCGAUGACAUCAGUGCCGUUGCUGAUCUCAAAACGGGAUGGAAUUGCAAGUCAUGGCUAUGUGUUGAACCACUACAUUACACACAGACCGAUAGCUAUAACUGUGGUGUGAUUGUAUGUCUUUUUGCUCGGUGUUUGUGUGAGGGGUUGGAUAUCAAUGGAAGUUACGAUGUGGACAUGGAAAGGGAAAGAAUAACGUCUGUCAUAUUUGGCUCGUGUUAUGAUGACCUUGAUUGGUAA